GCGGAACUCAGCCAAGACUGAGCGGUUGAUUUGAUAUUUUAUGACAAGCUCCCUUCUCCGCUGACUCAGCGCAAUAUGGCGGCUGGAGUGGCCACAUGGCUCCCUUUUGCCCGGGCGGCAGCGGUGGGCUGGCUCCCGCUGGCCAAGAAGCCCAUGCCAAAGCCUCCCAUCGACAAGCAACGGCGCAGCGACGAGAUCUUGGUGGUCAACGUCAGUGGGAAACGCUUCCAGACGUGGAAAAAUACCUUGGACCGCUACCCGGAUACCUUGCUGGGCAGCUCGGAGAAGGAGUUCUUCUAUGACGAAGACAGCCAGGAAUACUUCUUCGACCGCGACUCUGAGAUGUUCCGUCACAUCCUCAAUUUCUACCGUACCGGCAGGCUUCAUUACCCUCGCCACGAGUGCAUCCAGGCCUUCGACGAGGAGUUGUCUUUCUACGGCAUCAUCCCGGAGUUGAUUGGCGACUGCUGCUUGGAGGAAUACCGGGACCGCAAAAAGGAGAACGCUGAACGCCUCGCGGAGGACGAGGAAGCGGAGAUAGCCACCGACACUGGCUUGCCACCGGAUAGCACGUUCCGCCAACGGCUCUGGAGAGCGUUCGAGAACCCCCAUACCAGUACUAUGGCGCUGGUCUUCUAUUACGUGACGGGGUUCUUCAUAGCAGUGUCGGUCAUCGCCAACGUGGUGGAGACCAUCCCCUGCCAGCCGCGGCCAGGACAGAAGAGGAACCUGUCCUGUGGAGAACGGUUCCCCAAGGCUUUCUUUUGCAUGGACACGGCGUGUGUCCUCAUUUUCACCUUCGAGUAUCUCAUGCGCCUCUUCGCUGCCCCGAGCCGGUUCAAGUUCAUGAAGAGCGUGAUGAGCAUCAUUGAUGUGGUGGCCAUCAUGCCCUAUUACAUUGGGCUGGUGAUGCCGGAAAACGAGAACGUCAGUGGGGCCUUUGUGACGUUGAGGGUCUUCAGGGUCUUCCGUAUCUUCAAGUUCUCACGUCAUUCUCAAGGGCUGAGGAUCCUGGGCUACACCCUCAAGAGCUGUGCCUCGGAGCUGGGCUUCCUCCUCUUCUCCCUCACCAUGGCCAUCAUCAUCUUCGCCACCGUCAUGUUCUAUGCAGAGAAGGGGACAACGGCCACCAAUUUCACCAGCAUCCCUGCGGCCUUCUGGUACACGAUUGUCACCAUGACGACGCUUGGCUAUGGCGACAUGGUGCCCAGCACCAUUGCAGGGAAGAUCUUUGGCUCCAUCUGCUCCCUUAGUGGGGUGCUGGUCAUCGCCCUCCCGGUCCCUGUCAUUGUGUCCAACUUCAGCCGCAUCUACCAUCAGAAUCAGCGAGCAGACAAACGGAGGGCUCAGCAGAAGGUUCGCUUGGCCCGGAUCCGGCUGGCCAAGAGCGGCACAACGAAUGCUUUCCUGCGGUACAAACAGAACGGAGGCCUUGAAGACAGAGACCCUGAGGCUCACUCGUUGGUUGUGCGCAAUCGAUCAGCCUUUGAACGGCAGCACCAUCAUCUCUUGCACUGUUUGGAGAAAACCACUAGUCACGAGUUUACAGACGAACACACCUACAGCGAGUUCUGCUUGUCGGACCCCCUCGGCUACCGCACCAGCCGCAGCACCUCUCUCUCCUCCCAGCAAGGGGGCAGCGGCAAGGGGAUCCUCGGCACCUCGUGCUGCCCGCGCCGCGUCAAGCGCCGCACCACCCGCCUCACCAACUCCACCAUGUCCAUGAGCCGCGCCAGCGCUCAAGAGCUCGACACUUUGCAGAGCCAGAAGAGCGUCGGCCCGCAGAGCCGCUCCAGCCUGAACGCGAAGACCCAUGACAACUUAAAGCUGAACUGCGAUGCCACAGACUUCACCGCCGCCAUCAUCUGCAUUCCCACACCUCCGGCCAACACCCCGGACGAGAGCCAUCCUCCCUCACCCGGAGGCCCCGGCGGACCCCUGCGCAAUUCCAGUCUCUCCACCCCCUACAUCCUUCACGAGACUGUCAAGAUCUCCUCCUUGUAAGAGGAGGCAGGGUGGGGCGGGGGCACUUGUUCUGACUCCUUUCUAUACCCAGAGUUGCUGCGCUGGGCCUGGAUCUGGCUUAUGAACUGGGGACGGGCUCCUCAACAGAAGCCUCCCUCCCCACCCUUCAGCCGCAAACGGGAAGAGAUGGAGCGGGGAGGUGUCACAGUUCUUUUUCGUAGAGGGGAGACCGGUGGCCACUAAUAGGGGGAACCGGUGCACGUGGGGGGUUCUAUUGCCAAUCCAGUGCACUCCUCCCCCCAAACAAUCAAAGCCAUAUGGGAGGUGGGUCCCAGAUGCUAUGCAAAUGCAGAGGGAUGGAAUGAUGCAGGGAAAGCUAGGUGUCAAGAAAGCAGACCUCUAUGGUAAGCGGAAACAUAUCCCAGAGGCCAUUUUGCUCUACCGAGCCUAUUGUCCCUCAAGUAGGAAACGGGCUGGCAGGGGAAGACAGAGUUGGGGGUAAGUUGCCUUGCCCCCUCUGAGAAUGAACAGGGUUUUUAAAGUAGCAGGGCUGGACAGCGAGGACCCUUGGGGGGGGGAGGGACUUUCCUCCACUGAGGGAGGGAAGAGGAAUCCAGCUAUGCGACUGCCCAACUCUUGGUUUGUCUGACCAGAGUGGGUGAUGGGAUGACAGUUGCAGAAGGUAAGCGGAAGACUUGAAAUUGAGGGGCUCGGGUUCCGUCCCUUGCCAUUGUAUAGGAGCCAUGCCGAAGAAGGAAGAUGACAGCCAAGUUGGUCUGGAUUUUAUUCCUACCGAGGUAGCCUGCGGAAAGUUGGAACUUCAGAACACGAAGGGGCGGGGAAAGAAAUAGAAUCCACUGAGCUUCCACCAGCUUCUUCCGCCUUCUGCCUCUGGUGACUGAACCGAGACAUUACUGGGAUAGUUGGGGUCCAUUAUCCUUGCUCCCUUUCUCUCUCUGCCUUUCUCUCUCUCUCUCUCUCUCUUUCUCGCCCAACGAGUUCUCUCUCUCGAAACCUGCACUUAAAACAACAACAACAAAAUCUAUUGCACCAAAAUGCUACACCUCACAGGAAUCUCAUGCAUCACUCCCUUCUUACCUGCACCUGUUCCCCCCACACACCACGUAGCAUCGAGACUGUGCAUGUGUAAUGAACCUCCAAAAGUGGGAGCCCGAGGCACCGGAUACAAGGCGUCACGUGCAUGUGUAUCUUCCCACUCUCCUUUCCCCCCCGGCUGAUGAUAACGCUGCGAAGAAUUGAACUGGACCUGCAGAGCAGUGGAACGGUCUCAGGUCCUCCUCUGGACACAGUUAAGGAUGUUAUACAUAGAGACGAUUGAUGCUGACCUCACCACUUUUCAUAGUAACUGGAGAAGGAACUGAACGUGGCGGAAAGCAGAGAAAGAAUUUGGGGGGUGCGGGGGAGAUGGAUACCGUUCUAGGUAUCAGGGUGAGCCAUAAGUCUCUUAGCAUGCGUUCGAUUGGCUAGCUCUCGGCUUCCAAAAGAAAAAAAAAGGGUUCUCUCAUCAGGA